UGUAGCCGUUAGCUACAGGUGUCGCGCCACAAAUAGUUUCCCUGUGAAACUGAGCUUAGCUGUAGCUCCAAGCUGAGCCGCGGCGACCUGGUUUCUACAUUUUAAAAGUAGGUGGUUUAAAGCUUGAAGUAGUUCGUGACUGGAUCAGGUUGAAGCGGUGGGUUUUCGGACUUUGAGCUCAGAGAAACGUCGGAAUCUUGAAACUCGGAAUGAGCUACAUUAGCUUGCGAGAUGAGAUCUUGUGCCGCCAUAUUGGAAAGACCUUCAUGUAGCAACGAAGAAAACUUUGGUGUGUUCGGGAUCCUCGUUUUGCUCGGCUCCUGUGGUGAAAUGAGCAGCUCUGCUCAGAGGAGGAGAAGGUCCGCAGGAAGCCCUCUGGUCUCCAGAACCGGCACCAAGAUGAGCAGAGCAACGAACGCCAAAAGGACGACUUGCAGGACGGCGAAUGGCGCCGACCCCGCCCCUCCCACAGAACCCAUUGACGUGGUGGACGGCGCCGAUGGCGGUGUGGAGGAGGAGGUGGUGGAUCUGACCUGCGAGGGAUCAGAAGCUGCUGUGGUCGACCUGACGACCGGCAACGACUCCGUUCUGCUGGUGGACGAAGGUCCUCAGGACAGGAGAGUCCAACCAGGUGAGAGCUACGUGCUCAGCAGUGAUGACGACGAAGACACGCCCCCUGUUCUUCACACCGCCACAGUGUCCUCCACACGCACAUCCAGGGUGACUCCGGGUCUGAUCAGCUGUCCCAUCUGUUUGGACCUGUACUCUGAGAUCAUCGAAAGCGGCCGAUUGGUCGUCUCCACGAAGUGCGGCCACGUGUUCUGCAGCCAGUGUCUGAGAGACUCUCUGACAUCAUCACAGACCUGUCCCACCUGCAGGAAGAAACUGACCCGCAGCAUGUACCACCCGCUCUACAUCUGACAUCAUGAUGACAUCAUCACACAGCUGUCCCACCUGCAGGAAAGAACUGACCCGCAGCGUGUACCACCUGUACAUCUGACAUCACAAUGACAUCAUUACGAUGACAUCAUCACACAGCUGACAUCAUCACACACUGAUAUCACAGACCUGUCUCACCUGCAGGAAGAAACUGACUCGCAGCAUGUACCACCUGUACAUCUGACAUCACGAUGACAUCAUCACACAGCUGACUCCUGACAUCAUUAAUGAGGCUUUUGUUGGAUUUUCUUUGUCUUUAAACUCAACUUAAAAACGACAUUUUAAGAAGAGGCAGAUGUAAUGAUUUUGAACAGUUUAUUAUUUUCUCUAUUGAUCAAAUUCUUGUUAAUAAAAUGAAAUAAAAUUA